AAAAAUGGCAAAAACUACUGGAAUCCUCGAUAAAUCGCUGAGCCGCGGCAAAACGGAGAUCAAUCUGUCCACAUUUGCCGUACUCUUCUCAGAAAUGGUUCUCUACGCACAAAAUCGUUCGGAAACCGUAACGGAUAUUCAUGAUAAAAUUGCGUCUUAUGGGAAACAAGUGGGACUUCGAAUGUUUGAUAUUAUUACUCUUCGGGAAAAAGGAUACAAACGGGAGACCAAGUUGCUCGGAAUGCUCAUGUUCAUUAAAUCGACUGUUUGGAAGAAUUUGUUCGGAAAAGAAGCUGAUAAAUUGGAGAGAUCUAAUGAUGAUCAUUGCACUUAUCUUCUAAUCGAAAAGGAUCCAAUGGUGAAUACGUACAUCUCGGUGCCACGUGACAAGGGAGUACUCAACUGUGCGGCUUUUGCCGCCGGAAUUGUUGAAGCCAUUCUUGAGAGCGCCUCAUUCAAAUGCAAAGUGACCGCCCAUUGGCACAACGGAACCGCCUACGUCAUUCAAUUCGACGAAUCUGUCAUUGCUCGAGAGAAUUCGCUUCUUGAUUCCAAUCGAUAAAUUCUUUGAUUUUUUAAAAAUUUAUUUAUUAUUCAUUCCCCCCACAUUUAUUGUAAAUAUUUGGUAAUCAUAAAAAAUGUGUUUGAAA